CACCAGCUGGUUGAUCAGGCACACGGGAUUGUACCUGUCUCCCUGCUUCCUGCUUCCCUCCUCACAGGCUCCUUCCGUUUUCGUUCCACUUUGGGUAAACGGUCUUGGGAAAAAUAUUGGCUGAAAAGAGUAUAUUUCAUAACAUGUAAAAUGCUACUCUCUAAAAGGUGAAUUUGUGUAUUCAGGAUACCUUACCACCAUCACCAUUUUUAUUUGGAGAGACAAGCAAUUCAACUGUUAGGACUAAGGUUAUAGAGUUGUGCCCUUUUCUGUCGAGAAACGUCCGAUUUUGUACUGCCCCACUGCUCACUUGCUUAAUUCUAAAGUCCCACAGCUCCGCCGGCCGCAGGGAAAUAUGGGUCUCAGCAUUCCACGGGGGUUAACCGGGCCGAUCUCUUUGCAGGACGUAACACUACCUGGCGGGCGGCGGUUCCCAGCCCUUCCGGCGGGUUUAGGACGCCGAGAAAGCGCGACUUCCCCGCCACUGCACGUGGCCAGGCGGCUGGGGCUCAGGGGGUGGAUCGAUCGCGGUGCAUCCGGCCGCGCAGCGGGAACUCGAGGCCCCAUUGGCUGUGCCAGUGGGCGCCGCGGGGGCUCGCGCACCAACGGUCCCCGGGUUGGCGGCGGCGGCCUGGCGCUGGCAGGAGGGGGCAGGGAGAAGCGAAGGCCCGGGUUGGGGGGGAUCGAGAACGGGGUGUGAGAGCCAGGCUCGGCGGGGCGAGGCCCAGGGCCCGGGCGGGGCGAUGGAGGAGGCGCUGCUCUCCACCCCCAUCAACCCCAACAACUUCCCCGCCAAACUGUGGCGGCUGGUGAACAGCCCCCGGUACCGCUCGAUCCGCUGGGACGGCCGCGGCGAGGGGCUGCUCAUCGACCAGCCGCUCUUCGAGGCCGAGCUGCUCAGCCCGCCCGUGGCGGGGGCCGGCGGCUGCAGCGGCGGCGUCCGGGGCGCCAGAGCCGAGCCCGAGCUCUUCAAAACCACCAACUUCACCAGCUUCAUCCGCCAGCUCAACCUCUACGGCUUCCGCAAGGUGGUGCUGGGCGGGCCGGGCGCGGCGGGGCCCGAGCCGGGGCCUGGGGUCGGCGGGCCGGCGGGCGACGGGCCCCUCCACCACUUCCACAGUCCACACUUCCGCCGCGACCAGCCGCACCUGCUCGUGCACCUCAAGAGGCUCACCAGCGCCAACAAGGCCAAACUGGCGGCCGGCCUGGAGGUGCCCUGCCGGCCGCCCAACCGCUUCCAGAGGCUCCUCAUCACGUCGGCCUCGGCCUCGGCCUCGGCCUCAGCCUCCGCCUCAGCCUCGGCCUCAGCCUCGGCCUUGGCCGCCACCUCCCCGCUGCCACAUCAGGAGCCGCCGCCGCCACCCGCGGGGUCCCAGCCCGAGUCGCACGGACCAGUGGCUGUAGGACAAUUCCACAGGUCGUUCCGGCGAGAUAGUUUGUCUCCUUACUCCUACGUAUCAGCUCCAUCCCACAACCACGGUCCUUUCCCUCUGAAAGGUUUAGAUCGGACCCCGAUUCCUCCUAGAACAUGGCAGAACUCUCUUGGAAUGCACCCAGGACAAGUGGAAACGUCUCUCACUUUUUCAGAUAAAGGGGUUCCAUUUCCUGUACUACAGAGGUUUCCAACUGAGGUUACAUAUACCCUGCAGCCCAGUGCCACAUCCGUACAUGUUCAACAAGGUCCUCAAACAAUGAUCAGCUCCUCCCAGAAAUAUAGUAACUACACACCGUCAGCGCAGUACUCCCAAGCCUACUAUCCAACAGCUGUGCUGCAGUGCUGCUCUCCUACCCACAUGGAUGCACUCAGUAGUUGUGUGACUCCCACUGCCCCUUCCUAUGCACACUGCAACUACUUCCAGAAUCCUCCAGUGCAAUCCUCCUAUCCAGUUGAAUUUCUGCCUUCUGAUUGGCCUUGCAGUGCUACUGAUGAAAAUAAAAAGUCAGAAUUAAACCUAGAGGCUGCUUUUCAGAUAGUAGAUGAGUUGCAUUCCUCCCCUAAAUUGGAGAUGGUAAAGGUGGAGCCUGUUGAGAAUCAGUGCUCAACAUCUCAGUCUAACAGAGGCCAACAUAUCCUAGCUAAUUCAAACAACAGCAAUCCAUCUUCCACAAGUCAGGCUAGCCAGCUGGAGCCACUUACUGCUGUAGGCUCAGAUAUUACGUCUUUUGUGGCUGGAACAGAACAAGCAAUUACCUGCUCUCUACCACAGUCACCUGAGUACAACUAUACCAUCCACACGGCUCAGCCUGUUGAAAACACUACAAUGCAGGAGUCUGCAGCCAGUCAGCAAGCUCAUGUCAAACCGAAGGAGCAGCUAAGUCAUAAUCCAUCUCCGUCUUCAGUAGUAUUUGUGCAGGAAGGGCUACCGUUCAGCACACACGAGGUGGAUGCCAGUAUAAAAUGCCAGAUGAAAACACCUGAGAAUAUCUUGCCUUCAGAACAGAUGGGAUUCCUUAUUUCAGAAAUGGGGCCUGCUAGCAAGCCUAGUAAAGACACAGGUUUAUCCACUCCAGCCAGAUACAGCGAGCGAAGAAGCAACUCACAGCAAGGAAAGUCCCCUGCCAUAGCAGCCCCUUCACUAUUGUUUGAACGCACCAAGCAUGGUCCUGCCUUCACACUUGCUGUUCCCUCUGCCCGAAAUGUUCUUCACCCAGAUCUUCAUCUGCUGGUGGAUGUGGCCUGCAAACAGGAGCACUUUCCACAGGAGGAAGAAUUAAAAGAGUGAGAAUGGAUGACAAACGUGACAUUGUGCACUGGCUGUAGCUGGAGGCAGACUAGCCUUGCACAUGACACACUGUUGGGGCUCUUUCAGUUCUUUAAGGAAAAAAAGUAUUUUUUUUUGUUAAUUGAGAAUUUUGUUAAUUGAGAAUUGGGAAUUUGGUAUUUACAACAGCUGUUCAGUUCAGAUUGUUUACCUGGACAAACUACCAACCAUCUAGCAGUCUUUUUUUUUGCUGCCCAGAUCCCUUUCAAAUGAAAGUUCCUGGUCUUCUGUUACAGUCAAAAAGCAUCUAAAAACAGCUGCAUCUAUGGUACCGGAGAAUAAUCUGUGUGGGUGUGCUGGUUUGUCGUCUCGCCACUCUCAAAAGUAGUCAGCACAACUCCAGUGGGGAGUUCAGUCUAUCUGUUUCAAGUCACAGUGUGAUCCUUUUAGAGAAAAUUGUGUGAGAAACAAAGGCCUGUGAGGUAACCAAGAUCACAGGUCUAAAUGGGUCAGGAAUUCCAGGGAGAAACCCUGGGAAAGAGUUAAUUUUCUAAGUGAUUAACCAGGAAAUGCUCUUACUUCCUAACCCAGCAUUCUGUUUCAAAAGCAAGGCGUCCGGACUUGGACCAUCCAUCACACUUAACAGCCCCUGAUUCUUCUAUAUUUACGGGAGCGUUCUUCUAUUUUCAUAUCUUUCUUUAAUUUUAAUGAUACAUUAUCAUAAAUGGUAAGAAGGUUUUGUUAAUAUAUCACUUAUUUAAUAUAUCUUCUAAAGAAAAGUAUUUAGCUUGUUGAAUAUAAUUGUAUUUAUAAAAUGUUGGUAGAUUUUUAAGUUUUAAGGCUUUAUAUUUUUAUUAAUAUUGAGGGGUAGAAGGAUAAAGGAUGCAUAUAUAAUAUUUUAAUUUUGAAAUGGGAAUGUACAAUGUGUGAACAAAACCAUUAAGAGAUUUAACACAGUGUUUUCUUAUUUUAGAUUUUUACAUUCAGUAAGUAUAAAUUCUCAUCUAUAAAAGAUAGUGUGCAAAUUUUGGGAGAAGCUGAUUAGUAGUCACCUAACAGAAGCUAUACCUCUGAUAUUUUUAAUAGUUUAUGUAUGGUUUAAGCUUCUGAGAGAAGUUUGGGUAGUGGGAUAGACUAUAACAUUUUUAUCUUAUCCCCUCUUUAGGAUCCUAAAUUCAAAUAGUAGGAUUAUGGGACUGGUUUUUAGGAGAGGUAUCUUGGAUGUCCACUUUCUGUGGUUGAUCCCUCACUUGCUAAUCCAAUGACAGCAGAAAAUUUCUGAUUUAAAGUCUUUUAAAUUGACUAGAACUUUCUUAUUAGAUUCUGCCUCAGUUUUCCUAAUAAGCUCUGCAGAAACAAAAGGAAAGCCUAGGAAUAUGAAACUAGUGAAAAAGGAAAGGCCCUUAGUGAUGUGACAUAAGUACUAUUCAAGCCACGGUGGAUGUAGCAAUUCAUUUCUUAAAUUGCAUUGUGCCUUCCCAAUGAUGUACUUCCCCAGAAGUAUUACAGAGAUAGUAGUUUUUUGGAAAAGGAUGAGCUCUAUAUUGGUCUGCAGUGACUCAGUUUAGAUAUGAAAAUAGGUUCUGAAAAGUGACCUGUUUGGUCCAUCUGAUUAGACUAGACGAUGUCCAUGUGAUGAACAUUUAUUCAUCUUUAUUAGCAAGGUUUAAAAGAGGAACAGAUUAUCAAGACUCCUACAUCUUUUGGUCAGACUGUGUAUUUUGGCAGAGUAUGUGAAGAGGAGACCCAGUUUCUAUAUGAAGGAACUUUGCCUUUUCUCUGUCAGGUUGAAAAGCUGAUACACUAUGUAGGUGAUAUUCAUUCCUUCCCUUAAAUAUGCCUUUCUUGGCUUUGUAUAUGUUGAAAGAGAUAAUAUCUUUUGAGGAACAUGUGUCAAGCAGGAACCUUGGCAUGGAUUUGGUUUCAAUUGUUUUAAGGCUUAAUUAAUGAAAUACCUUUAUCAGCUUUCCAAACCUCUUUUUAUAUAUGAAUACAACAGACCAAGGAGCUGGAUCUACUGCUAUACUCACAUGCCUGCUACCUAUCAGCUAAAGCUAUCAUUACUGUCUUGGACAAAGUGGCAAAAGAUAAAAUAAAAUCUUUGUGUGAAUUAGUCAGUAGGGUCUGACACAUGCUAACAAGGCUCCUGACUAGUGCCUAAGUAUUUCAGCACCUUAAGCAUGAUAAAUUUCAGUCAGUCAACAAUAAAGUGUUUCAACUAGA